AUGAGCAUAUCAUCUGAAAUUGAAAAAACAUCCGAUAACGAUGUUUAUCGUUGGUAUGCCGAUACAAUUGUUUAUCGUGGUUUUGGCCCAUUAAUAGCUUGUUUGGGUUUUGUCGGUGGAACACUUUCUUGUCUUGUUUUUCGUCGAAAAGCCUUAAGAAAAAAAUCUUGUUCAAUUUAUUUUUUAUUUUUGGCCUUAGCUGAUCUUUUAUGUAUGAUUUGUUGGCUCGUUCAUUUUGUUUUACCAACUUAUAAUAUUCAACUUCUUACAUUAUCUAAUUUUUUUUGCAAAAUAUUUGUAUUUUUUAUGUAUUUUGCUUUUGAUUUGGCUAAUUACAUCUUAACUGCAUGUUCUAUAGAUCGUGCUGUAAGCGUUUUAUUUCCAGUUGGAAGUCGUAAAUAUUGUCGCCGUCAAAUGGCAUAUACAAUAACAUUAAUAUUAUUUAUAAUAAAUACAUUAUUAAAUAGUCAUUUAUUAUAUGGUUUUGUUGUAUUAACUGCAAAUUCAACAUUAAACACAACUAUUCGAAUUUGUCAUCAUCGUUUAGAUUCAGAUAAAUAUCAAAAAUUAUUUUCAGCAUAUGAUUCAUAUGUUGAUGUUAUUAAAACAAAUGUUAUUCCAUUUAUAAUAAUGAGUUUUUGUAAUUUAAUAAUAAUAAUGCGUGUAUGUCGAUCAAGUUCAUCAAUUAAUUUAAAUAAUGGAAGAUAUUGUUCAAGAACAAAUAAAUCGAAAAGAAAACAUGAAAAAGAUCGACAAUUAACAUUCAUGUUACUUGGAUCAUCAAUUGCUUUUCUUGUUCUAACACUUCCAACUGAAAUAAAUGAUAUAAUUAGAUCGAAUUCAAGUGAAAAAGUUGUUAAUGAAAAAGAUUAUUUAUUAUCAGCUAUUCUUCUUUCAUUUGCACACCUUAAUUAUGCUAUACAUUUUUAUAUCUAUACAUUAACUGGUGAAGUAUUUCGUCAACAAUUAGUUAAAUUAUGGCCAAUAAAUAUAAUAUGGCCAUAUAUAAUUCGACUUCUUCGAUGUAAACAAGAUCAAUCUUCAUCAACAAUUGAAAUAAAUAAUUAUCGAACAAGACAAUGUGACAAUAAUUUAAAUACAGAAUUUGAUUUAUCAUAA